GGGACGGUGAGUGCAGUAGUCUCAAAAUAUACCAUAUCAGUUGCAAAAAUACAACACGCACAGGCACAUGUGCUGCUAAUUUCGGACGCCCGAAACAAUGAGUCGACCGUAGCAGCCACCGAAAUGUUUUUUACCUCCAACGAGCUGAAGGGAGGAAGGCAUGUGAUCUGAUGCAUCGCUGAAAACAAUCUUUCCUUUGGUCUCCGCUACAUCAGAGGGCUGAAACCAUGGAGGUGUCCUCUGAUGAAGAGGAGGUGCGCACCUUUGUCAAAGUCAUCAGUGAGAAGUACAACCCAGAGAAUUUCCCAUAUGGCCAAGGCAUAGGCAUCGUGAUCCUGCCCAGCCCUCCAGGAUCGCCCGUCAAAGGUGCAGAUCGCCUCUUCUUGCCCAGCAUACUGGUUCUGAAUGACUGCGGGAUCACGAAAGCCGGCAGCAGGUCGGACAUCGCGACCUUCUGCGCCCACGUGGUGGAGCUGGACCUGUCCUUCAAUCAGCUCAAUGACUGGGUGGAGAUCUGCACCAUUGUUUCCAACAUCCCUCACCUGGACUUCCUCAACCUGAGCAUGAACCCUCUGGGCGGCGUGGAGCUGGAGCCCGGCAUGGCGGAUGUGUUCUCCAGGCUCCGGCGACUUAUCCUCAUCAACACGCAAGUCAGCUGGGACACCGUGCACACGCUCACCCAGCAUAUACCAGAGCUGGAGGAACUCUUCCUGUGCAUGAACGGCUACAAAACCGUGUCGGAGUCCAAGACGUCCUGCCCGUCGCUGCGCCUGCUGCAGAUCACAGACAACCAGCUGCAGGAGUGGGCCGAGGUGAGGAAGUUUGGGCGGCUGUACCCGAGUCUCAGCGCUCUGGUGCUGGCCGAUAACAGCGUGGACUCUGUGGGAGACAACAAGGAGACGCUGGAGCAGCUGUUCCCCAACCUGCGCAGCAUCAACCUCAACAACUCAGGUCUUAGUAAGUGGGAAGACAUCGAAAGGCUGAAUUUAUUUCCAAAGCUGGAGGAAGUCAAAGCUAAAGGGAUUCCUUUAUUGCAGUCUUACAGUACGCAGGAGAGACGUAGCCUCCUCUUAGCACAGCUGCCGUCUGUGAUCAUGCUGAAUGGGAGCGAAGUGUCAAAUGGUGAGAGAGAAGAUGCUGAGAGGUUCUUCAUCAGGUACUACCAGGACUAUCCAGAGGAGGAGCUUCCUGAGAGGUACCACAUCCUCGUAUCCAAGUAUGGCCAGCUGGCUCCACUGGCGGAGGUGGACCUGAGCCCCCGCUGCACCACGGUGGACGUUCGCUGGGGCGAGAGGGUGGAGGCAGUCAGCCUCCGUCUGGAGCAGACGGUGGGCGACCUGAGGAAACAGCUUCGAGCUCUGUUGCAGCUGCCCACCAACGGGAUCAGGCUCUUCUACAUCAACCGGGAAAUGUGCUCCGUCUUUGGACCCGAGGAGCUGAAGUGCGGCUCCAGGGCUCUCCAUUCCUACAGCAUUCGAGACGGGGACGAGAUUCUGGUGGUGCCCAAAGUCAAAAGCCGCUGCAGCUCCUCGGACCUUUGAGUCGGGAGUUUGUCUGGUUUGUGAAUCGGUGGGACCUGAGGAGUUUUAGAGAACAAACACUUACUGGAUACUAAGCUUAGACUCGUGUCUUUUGUUUUAAGAUUAAAAAAAGGAUGAUAUUUUUGUCAGUGUUGAAUGUAAAGACGUUUGCUGUCCAACAUUUUUAAAGGGGACCCUAUUAUGCUCUUUUCCACUUCUGUGUUUUGUGGCCACAUUUAAUGUGAACUAUAUCCAACAUUGCGACGUUAUUUUUAUGUCAGAAAAUGAGCAAAAAAGCUUAAUACGUCCCUUUUAAAGAUUUAUAUUGGAGCUUGUUUUUCCCUUUGUUUGAUAGGGACAGCGAAAAGGGAGACAGGAAAUCCACAAAAUUAAAGCAGGGGUGUGAUUUGGAACAAAUUACCGACCCGUGUAUGCGCCCAACAUUAUUGAACCAAUUUAUGCAAUAGUAUAUUUGCACAUCGAGGUUUCACAUUUACAAGGGUUGUAACUCGAGUGGAAGCUGCACAUUUUGUAGCGGUCGAGAUGAUAGUUUACAUCUCAAUUAUAGAAACUUUAAUCAAAAAUCAGACACGAUGCAAAUAGUCCCUUUAAGGAAAAGAACAGCUGCCGUUGUUAUGAGUUGAACCGACAAGUUGUACGCUGAUUCUGAAGCUAAAAUGAUUUUAUAUAUGUUUUAAAAAAAAAAAAAAAUACCAAAGUUCAGAUGGAAACUGGAUCUCAACAUUACCAACAGUGUUUUUGCAAUGACUGGUUUCGAAUGGCUUUUGUGCAGAAUUAUCAGCAGCUCUUCUACGUCCGUGUUUAUUUUAGUCAGCCAUUAGGACAUUACUCUGAGAGCUGUGGACUGUAUAAACUUUAUAUGUGUUGGAGCGUACUAUUUGGGCCAUUGUGGCCCAGUACGCUCCCUAAAAGCCAACAUGACGGCAGGCAAAGAACCUUAUUGUGAGAAACUGAACUCCUGACCUUUCAUUUUGUAGGUGUAACCAAGAUUUUGUGAAUUAGGUACUUUUUCGUGGGGGUGGGAAUUAUUUGCAUUUCAUGUACAUUUUCAUGCCCAUGACUGACUCAAAAGAGGCUCUAUUUUUCUAACCUUUAUUUAAGCUGAGUUAGAUUUACCAAUAACAUUAGUUCUUUACCAGGAACAAAUGUGUGUGCAAGUGUGACACAAAUCUUUCCCCUACUUCUACUUGCUACCCAGAUUAGACCAUUCCACAAGCUAAAUAUCCUCAGAUAACCCCACUUUUGAAUGUAUAAAUGCCAUGUUUUGGGGAUAACCCAGAUCACACUGCUACGCCUCAAUCAAGACGCCUUGGCCGAAAGUCGAGACAAGUCUGAGGUGAGCUUGGGUCUGGGACAGAGAAAAGAGUGUUGAUGCUCGAGUUACUGCAGGUCUUCUGGCUUGUCCAGCCCAUGAAUGGGGCAACUCUCUCUUUCUCUCUGCCGCCGCCGCAGAGGCAGCUGAGAAACGUUGAGGCCCGAUUUGUAUGGUAACCACACACCAGCUGCUGUGUCACGAAGACUUCCGUUGCAUUUAGGUCGGAUUGGGUUCACCAAACAGGCUCCAUGUCUUCGCCCGUUCGCCCCAAUCUCCGUCUCAGCCUCACAAGACGUGGGGGGUUGUAAACUUCUCCAUUGGUAGAGACAAAUGUUGAUUAAGGCUUUUCAAAAUUAAAGAGUCAGCACAGAUAGUGGAACAUGUACUCACCUACAGCUCUUUUUUUCAGUGCUGGAACUUGUGUUUCUACAUUACGGCUCAUUUAAGGUAGUUCGGGAGUUUCGGCUCUUCAUUCUGUCUCACAAGCUCGUCAGCACCUUGUUUUUUUUUUUGCCAAUCGAGGUAAUUUUUGUUUCAACUUCCUGCUUCACUUUCCAAAAUGGCGACUGAAAGUUUCGCCAAAGUCAUAUAAAUGUUUCUAUCUCCCAACCUCCUCAGUUAACCUUUCCGCUACGUGCUCCAUCUUUAUUCUUCAAAAUUUGUGGAGAUGGAAAAGCAGCUGGAAAUACUAAACUGGAGGCUACGUCAGGCUACGGUGAUAGGGUUUACGUACGGUCUACGUAACGUCUACGUAGGAUCUAUGUAGGUAGGUAGGGUCUACGAAGGAUACGUAUGGGUCUAUGUACACCCUACGUAUGGGUCAACGUAGGUCUACGUAACAUCUGUGUAGGGUCUAUGUACUGUCUACGAAGGACCUAUGUAGGAUCUAUGUAGGGUCUACGUUGACCCAUACGUAGAGUACACCCUACAUAUGGGUCAACGUAGGUCUACGUAACAUGUGCGUAGGGUCUAUGUACUGUCUACGAAGGACCUAUGUAGAAUCUAUGUGGGUCUACGUUGACCCAUACGUAGUGUAGACCCUUCUUAUCGGUCAACGUAGGUCUACCUAGGGACUGGGCUGUUGCUGUACGAUGGUGUCAAAUGUACACAGAAUCCUAAACUGCCUGUAAAUGUUACAACCAAUGUUACAGGUUGCGCUAAAAAUUUUCACCUUUUUGAAUUCUGUUCCUGCUCUGUUGGACUGUCUGUUUUUACUGAAACCAUACAAGUAUUUUGGUCCACUUACUCAUAUCUUAUCAUUUGUUUGUCUUGUCUGACAAAUCAGUGCCGAGACAUCUUUUGUCCAACAAGCAGUCUCACACUGUUUCUGUUUGCCCUAUUUAAUACGUCCGUAUUAUGGUCUAAUAGUGGCUGUCGGCUAAUGUCGUCGCCACUCGUCCUCGUUGAGAAGUAGUCACACUGUGUCUUGACCAACAAAUGAGCAGCAGCGUUGCCACUAAUGGCAGGGCUCAGCAGUAGUGAAAGAUUUUUCCAGGAUUUCAAAAAGGGAAUGGGGGCAGAAAACAGUGGAGGCAAACUCUAAAGCUGUGAUCAUGGCUACCUGUUAUAGUUUAUCAAAUUCCUGCUGUGAGAAACUGACUUUCAAAGGUUAUGAUUGAGCAUCAUGAGUCAAACUUUGGAGACUUCACACGAACUGAACCCAGGUAGACAGAAAGUUGUCUUUGCUUGGGUGCAAACAUCCCCCGGUAUCCUUCGUGAGCUUGUUGUGCUGCAGACUGGGAGCUCAGCUUUGCUUCCCAAAGCGAAGCGACUGCAUUGCAACCUUUAUGCACACAGGCGUGAAAAAUUUGCUAAUGUUGACGAAGCCUUUCGCAAGAGGGUUAUGUUGUUUUACACUGGGCACAAUAUCAACAAACGUCAGGAAACUUGCAGCAGAAAUAGUCUUUAAAAUAUUGGAGUGCUGUGUCAUGUUUGGAGGUACUUGGAUCGUUUUUUUUUUUUUUUUAGUUUCAGCGCACUUACGCCAAUUACACCUUCAAGUGAAGUUUAGCCCCGUGCUAUAAUAAGCGUGUGAAGCUUUGUUGUGGUGCCAUCGCCCUGUGUCAGCAUCGCUCCCCUGACACAGACUUUCUAUGUGUAGUAGAUAACUGGAGGUCUCUUUUUAUGUUUAUAUUGACUUGUAUUAAACUGUGUGAUGGUGAGUGGUUCAUUGGGAACCCAUGGGGUAAGCGUGAAGCCUUUUCGAAGUGGAUCGCUCUGUGUCGUUUGGUUGGUUUGCAUGUUCUGGUAUUUCUUUGAGUUUGCUUCAGUAUUUCAUUUCAGGGAAACAAUGUUGUUGGUGGGCAUUUGUAGUUUUGACAUUAUUAUCUACGUUCACGUCACUUUCACCUCUUAUCCUUCAUCAAAACCAAAUACAGAAUUUAUUUACAGAUUUUUAAAAAGGUUAUUAAAAAAAAAAUAAUGCAGACUAUGGUGUUUAAUUUAUGUCAUGUUUGCUGUCUGUAGUUUCUAAUGUGUCUGGACACUUGUUCAGUUCUUGUUUGCUUUCCUCAGAUCAUAAUGCUAUUUCUAUACCUGUACUGUAUAAUGGGACUUUCACUUCUUUUAAAGAAAUAAAUUAUAAUUAUUCCAA